GAUUACAGGAGAUACAUGGGAAGAAACGAAACUCAGUAGCAAGUGAUCACUGACACAAAUCUCCAGAAGAAGAAGAGGACCCACUAGAGACUAAUCCAAGGCAGAGGAACGGAGGCAUUGUUCUCCAACUUAUUAAAAAAUAACAAUGGACUCGUCAGUAGGAAAACAUACACCAAAGGCUGUGCCAGGAAGAAGCACUACGCCUGCUGUGAAUCCCCCUCAAAGCAAUGCGUCAGCUAGAAAACCUCGUCUGGGUAAAGCACUGGAAAUGCCUGGCCAAUAUGGAAAAUUCCAGGAGCCAUGCAAAGCCAGUGAACCACCUAAAGUACUCAACACACAAGGUGUCCAUCCAACAACAAGGAGCACAAAAAGUACAGAAGACUCUUCAAAUGCUGCAAGAGCAGCCACUGGCAAGAAGUAUUCACGGACCUCAAAGGACUCUGGGGCUCUCCAUCCUAUCCCUGAUGUCCCUAAAAGACAAGCAACAAGGGCAUCUGGAAAUCAUCUUUCACAAGGAGAUAUUGAUGAUAUAGAACGACAGACCCGUGGGCAGAGAGAAAAUCCGGAAUGGUAUUACUGGCGUCAGAACCGCAUUACCGCUUCUUUAGCGCAUCGAAUAUCUCACAGUAGAUUUGCUAAUCAGAAGACCAAUGAUAUUCCACAGUCUUAUCUGAAAACCAUAUUGGGUUCAGCACCUGGAGUUCAAACUGCUGCCAUGAACUGGGGUAUCAGGAAUGAGAAGAAAGCUGUCAAUGCCUAUGAGAGACUGGCAUCGAUCCAUAAAGGCAGAGAAGUGCAGGUGGAACCAUGUGGUUUAUUCAUUCACCCAACCAAAAACUGGUUGGCAGCAAGUCCUGAUGGGGUAGUAAAAGACAGACAAACAGGAGAGACUCUAAAUAUUUUGGAGGUGAAGUGCCCAUAUAAACAUAGAGAGCACACAGUACGUGAAGCAUGCAAAGAUAAUGAUUUCUGCUUAACCUUGAAUGGUGAUUCUUAUACCUUGAAGCCGCGUCAUACCUACUACACCCAGGUACAGACCCAGAUGGCAGUUACAGGUAUAAGAAAUGUAGACUUUGUUGUCCACACUAAGAAAGAGACAGUAGUUGUCCCAGUGAAAUUUGACCUAGAGUUCUGGAAAACCACAGAGCCAAAGCUGGAAAGAUUUUAUACGGAAGCUGUACUGCCUAACGUGGAGGACACCAACAAAAGAGAAGUGCAGAAUAAAGGUGUGUACACCCCAGAGGAAUAAAGAAGUACGUACAACUGCCCAAGUUAGGAGUCAGGUCAUAAACUACAAGAGCCUGAUCCCAUAACCAAACCACACUGGCUUUUUGGAAUGGCUGUGAUAAGAUUAAGCAAUGACUCAUUUCAUUGUAUAUAGCAAAAAAUUAUGAUUUACAGCUGGAAUUAUGGCAAAUUAAAUACUUUAGAAAAUA